UCUGAGGUUUGCAAGAGAUCACAGCUUCCUGUUGUCGUGCCGUGUACUCCGCGGCAGCUUGACGCUGCUCGGGAGAGGAGAGGAGCUCCGCCAGCGGACCAGGGAGAGCGUGGUGAGGAAUCCCAGCUGCCCCAGGAGAGUGAGAGCCGGAUCGGCUGGACCCCCGGAGGAGGACCCGAGAGAGAACCACGUUGCCACGGGAGAGGCCUCAGUUCAGGGCUGCAGGAUGUUCACUUCAGUGAAGGCCUUCGAGGGACAGCAGUACUCUACCCUGAAGAGGCAGUGCUUGCAGAGUGGCCUGCUGUUUGAGGACCCCUGCUUCCCCGCCACCGACGACACGCUCUUAUACCAGGGCAACAGGAUUGGACGUGUGGUCUGGAAGAGGCCUCGGGAGUUGUGUGAAGAUCCUCACCUGUUUGUAGAUGGCAUCAGCGCACACGACUUACAUCAGGGACAGCUGGGUAACUGCUGGUUCGUAGCGGCGUGCUCCAGCUUGGCCUCCAGAGAGUCUCUAUGGCAAAAAGUCAUUCCCGACUGGAAGGAGCAGGAGUGGGAUACAGAGAAGGCAGACUCGUAUGCGGGGAUUUUCCACUUCCGCUUCUGGCGCUUUGGAGAGUGGGUGGACGUGGUUAUUGACGACCGGCUACCGACGGUGGACAACCAGCUCGUUUACUGCCACUCAAAUGACAGCAACGAGUUCUGGAGUGCCCUGGUGGAGAAGGCCUACGCCAAGGUUUAUGGCUGCUAUGAGGCUUUGGAUGGGGGAAACACGGCAGACGCACUAGUGGAUUUCACAGGUGGUGUUUCAGAGCCCGUGGACCUGCUGGAGGGUCAGAUGGCAACAGAUGAGGUGGCCCGUAACCAGCUGUUUGAAAGAGUCCUCAAAGUCCACAACAGAGACGGUCUUAUCAGCUGCUCCAUCAGGGCGACCACGUUGGAAGACAUGGAGGCUCGGCUGGACUGUGGCCUGGUCAAAGGCCAUGCCUACGCUGUGACAGAUGUACGGAAAGUGCGACUAGGUCACGGACUGCUGGCCUUCUUUAAAUCGGAGAAGCUGCACAUGAUCCGCAUGAGGAACCCCUGGGGAGAGAAGGAGUGGAGCGGCCCCUGGAGCGACAGUUCAGAGGAGUGGAACAAGGUGAGCAAGAGUGAGAGAGAAAAGCUUGGUGUCACCGUGCAGGAUGACGGCGAGUUCUGGAUGACAUUCGAUGACUUCUGCCAGUACUUCACUGACCUGAUCAUGUGCCGCCUCAUCAACACCUCCUACCUGAGCAUCCACAAAACCUGGGAGGAGGAGGUGAUGAGGGGCUCCUGGGUGCACCGUCAGGACCCCCUUCGCAACCGGUCCGGAGGCUGCAUCAAUCACAAGGCCACCUUCCUGCAGAACCCUCAGUACGUGUUUGAUGUGAAGAAGGUGGAGGACGAAGUGCUGAUCUGCUUACAGCAAAAAGAAAAGAGAGCUACACCCAAAGAGGGCAAAGGGGAAAACCUCGCCAUAGGCUUUGAUAUUCACCGGGUGGAGCUAAAUAGGAAGUACCGUAUGCACUCAGCCCAGCAAAAAGUAGCGGGCUCCAUCUACAUCAACUCGCGCUGCGUCUUCCUCAGGAAGGAGCUGAUGGAGGGCCGUUACGUCAUCAUUCCCACAACCUUUGACCCCGGGCAGCAGGGUGAAUUCCUGCUCCGUGUCUUCACUGAUGUGCCUUCAGACUGCAAAGAGUUGACUCUGGACGAGCCUCCUCAGACAUGUUGGACAGGGAUGUGUGGCUACCCUCAACUGGUUACUCAGGUCCAUGUACUGAGUGCUGAGGGUCUGCAGGGACAGGACUCCAAUGGAGAGCUUCACUGCCUCAAUGCCAAUAAGAAAAGACGUCUGAGCAAAGCACGAGCUGUAGAUCCCUACGUGAUCAUCACCUGUGAAGGAGAGAGGGUUCGAUCACCAGUUUUUAAGGACACACGGUGCCCAAACUUUGACAUCAAAGGCCUGUUCUACCGCAAGAAACCCAAGGAGGGCAUCAACAUCGAGGUGAGCUGUCACUCUCUGCAGCCACCCCACUUUGGGACUUUACACUGAGAACUGGCUGAAGUACACGUUCAUGAUGGCUGCAACCAAAAUUUAGCAGCUCAGGCCCUGUGAAUGGUAUCUGUCAGGCAUCACAGGACCGGUCAUCUGGGACAGUGAUUACAAUUUCUACAAGCAUCUUUUAUUGAGCUGCUGUUGCCAAACCAACAGAUGUUGCAAGAGGUUAAAACGCUAUUAGUAAAAUAAACUGAUAGCCAUGGAAUAUCCAACUUCACAGCUUUCUUAAUGGAGACGGGACUGCCAUAAGCUAUCUUGGUGACGUUUCGUUGAAGGCGAUAAUCUCUACUUGACCUAAAACACUUCUCAACCAUUCCCUAUAAAGGGUCGGUUCACCCAAAUUUCUAAUAAAUAAAUCAUUUCAUUAUUACCUCUAGUAGUGGCUAGCCAUGCAGAUCGUUAAUUUGUUUAGGUUUUUGAAAUAAAAAGAACAAAGAACAGUAUGUUCAUUAUUUGGGUGAUCCAACCCUUUAAUCCCCCUGGUACUUGAGGACUGGGUGACCAGAGUUUGGGGUGUGUUUGAUAAUGGCAACGGAACAGUAACGGGUACAAGUUAAACAAACACUCAUAAUGAUCAUCUGUAUACCAGGAUACACACUCUCUCAAGGUGCGGUAAACUACUGUUGAGAGAGUUCCUCAUACAAGACACAGUCAGAGCUUCCUUCUGGAUUCCCCUAAGCCUGUCCUGCUACCUGGUGGUGGUGUGGGGUGUGGACUUUACACAGUGUUUUUCUCAAAAGUGUCACUCUCGAAGUUGUUGCUGGUAGAGUUAGUGUUUAUGUAUUUUUCCGUGUUUAUCGUGCUUCAGUGAGGCUACAGGGGCGGGCAUCAGAGAGGAAGGCGAGGGAGAGGUCUCAUAGCCCUGUUUGAUCAAAACAUUAAUUGAACUAUGCAACCAGAGGAAUUUAACUCAGGAACUAAACUAGGACAGUCCCUAUAUUCCUGUUUUGAGUUUUCACCACAUCUGAAGAACCAUGAAGACAAAUUAGAUGCACAAUAGAUAAAAAAAAGAAUGACAGCGGCGUUUGUGAUGCAAUACAAAGAAAUGACAACACAUCCUGUCACCCUGUUAUUAUUGUUGUGUAUUUACUGUUGCUUCACUCUGAAAUGUCGGUGGAAUGUGAUGAAUGAAUGAAAAGGAGACACUGCAGAGGUAAAAACCUCAGAAAAAUCCAGAUUGCCUCUCUCCAAAGUGAACUAUCCGCUGCGUUAUUUAUUUAUGCUUUACAAAGGCAAUGAAACAGUCAGUAAAUCAGUAAACUGUUUGUGUUUAUCUCACUCUGCCCCAACUUUGUUUUUAAUGAUUAUUAAUAUUAAAAGCACUUUGUAGUACUUAUUUAGCAGCACCUUAUUUUGUGAGUGAAGCCGUACACAAGUUUUAGUUGCUGUGUUUGAACAUUCACAAACGAGCUUCACCCAUAAAGCCCUUUUUUUGCACCUGGAACUAUCGUUAGAUCGCUAAAUUUAGUCCUUAGCUCCUCCGGUCAAAAUGCAGGUUAAGUUGCUGCUGUGGAAGGGCCUUCUAAAACUAUAGGCUGUCUUUGUCCUAGUAUGUUGCAACACUCAUUUUCAUACACAGCUGUACUCUUUAUUUUUUUCUAAGAUCCUAAACCCUAACACCACAUUUCUCACCUACCUUUUCCAUCCAAUUUCCCUUCAUCAUCUGUGUGUGUGUGUGUGUGACUACAUCACAUGAGGUGGCUCUGCUAAUGAUUUUUGCUGAACGUCCACGACCAAUCAAUUACAGGCUUAAUAUCAGGCAAUAUGUGUAAGCCAGUGUACUUGUUAGGGAAUUAUUGUUGGUAAUAUGAUGUUGCAUUUACUCAAUCAGACCUGUGAAAUUGCAUCAUUUGUAUGUCCAUGAAAGGAGGCAGAAGUGUGCAUCUACUGUUCUGUAGAAAAGCUGGGCCCGUAAUAGGGGUGUGCCAAUGUAACUUUUUCUACCCUGAUACUGAUACAGAUACCCAAACUAUUGACUGAUACGGGUACCAGUUCGUCAACUUUUUUUACCAAAAUGUAAAAUCUGUGAAAAAAAAACCUCUCUGUGUUGAACUGAUAAGAUCUGUGUAAACCAACAUGAGGCUGUAACUCUGUCAAUU